AUGGCAAUGGGUGAAGCUAGAAGAGUACCGCACUUAAAUGAUAAUAUACUGGAACUUGGGUACGGUCGCGGCAACGGACUGCAAUACUGUUUCGAUCGAGUGGUAGACGGAGAUGGUGCGGUCUUCGGAAUUGAACGAUCCUCCUACAUGGAAGAUUGCGCUAGACAUCGAUUUGCCCUCGAGUUGGCAGAAACGACGAAUAUUAGACUUGAUCAUGCUCCUGACUUGCGGGAUUUACCGUAUCCUUCUGGAGUUUUCAAUCACAUUUUUCAUGUGGAUGUCUUUUAUUUCAUUAAACAAGACCAUAUGUUUGAUAUCUGUAAGGAACUUCGUCGAGUAUUAAAACCUGGUGGUGCAAUGGUCUGUGGAAUGCACUUUGGUAGGUACGUGAAUUUCCUCUCCUGA